AUGGACACCCAAAACCCCCAAGCCGCGCAACAAUCUCGACAGAGACCUGUCUAUGAUCCGAGCCAAGGUGGACAUUACGGUGCCAGCGCUCAACUCGCGUCGCAAGGUUUCGCUCCCAGUGAGCUGUACACCGGGCCUUGGGCCAAUGCCCACCAAGGUUUAACCGGCCAGUACAAAGAUAUCCUGACAACCUACUGGCAACAUACCAUUUCACAUCUCGAGAAUGACACUCACGACUACAAGAUCCACCAGCUCCCAUUGGCCCGUAUCAAGAAGGUUAUGAAGGCCGACCCUGAAGUCAAGAUGAUCUCGGCCGAAGCGCCUAUUCUCUUUGCUAAAGGUUGCGAUAUCUUCAUUACCGAGUUGACGAUGCGCGCAUGGAUUCACGCGGAAGAAAACAAGCGCAGAACCCUCCAGCGCUCAGAUAUUGCUUCUGCCCUGGCAAAGUCUGAUAUGUUUGACUUCCUGAUCGACAUUGUUCCUCGUGAGGAGGCCUCUUCCCACGCGAAAAGGACAACCCAGACUGCUGCUGCUCAACCAGUGCCGGCUGGUCAGGCCCAGAUGCCUGGGCAGCAUCCCAUGGCACAGGCGCCUAACCCAGCUCAUCCCAUGGGCGCGGAAUACAUGGCGGGACAUGGUAUUGCGCCCGAGCAAGACUACCGCAACCAACCCAACAUGUACCCCGACCAAACAGUCCCCAACCCUCAAGCUGCUUAUGGUCAGACCCAACCACCGAACAUGAAUCCAUACGGUCCUAUUGGGGAUAUGUACCCUUAUCCCGGCAUGGCGCCUCAACAAGCUCCCAUGCCCAAUGAGGAGUUCGGCGAGCAGUAA